AUGUACGAUCUUCGACAAGGACUACACGUACUUCCAGUUCCGACCGUCUCCAUCACGUGGCGCUUGUGUGUACAUACCAACUUCCGGUACGAACUUGGUGAUUCGACUUUGCUGGAGAGUUCAAUUGCCAAGCAGCUGGGUCUAUCUGGGCCAGCAGCUCCACUUUGUAUGCAGUGGACGAAUGGAGUGCGGCGAACUGAAGAGGAUUCCGAGCGGGUUCAGUUAGAGAUAUCUGGAAAUGGUCGAAAGCGCUACAAUUUGAGUGACGUUCACACGGUGUCGAGUCUGGAUCUGCCGCGGCAGACUAUGGACUUCGAGCAACUCCAAACGAAGUUUCCGCACUUGAAGGGGUUGCCCAUCACGAGCUACGAGGCAGCAGUGCCGGGGAUACUCAUCGGUUUGGACAACACCCAGCUGAAGACAACUCUGAAACUCCGCGAAAGUAGCAGCGAUGAACCCGUAGCAGCGAAAACGCGGCUUGGCUGGACGUUAUUCGGUAAAACUGGAAAAUCGGAAGCGUCGUCAUCUCACCGAGUUUUGCACAUCUGCCAGCAAUCAACGGAUACAGAUCUUCACGAGUUGGUGAAAAGCUUCUUCGCGAUCGAAGGAACCGGAGCUGAGGCGAACACAGUGGUCGAAUCGAAAAUGGAGAGACGAGCUCGGGAGAUUAUGGAGGCCACUACAGUACGUACGAAUUCGGGAAAAUUCGAAACAGGACUUCUCUGGAGGUUCGACAAGAUAGCAUUUCCCGAUAGCAGACCAAUGGCUGAGAGAAGGCUGCGGUGUCUCGAGACUCGACUGUCGAAGAAGCCAGCACUCUACGAAAACGUGCGGAAACAAAUGGUCGACUACGUCAACAAAGGUUAUGCUCAUAAAGCUACCAAAGAAGAGCUGGAGACAACUAAAUCAUGUCAAGCAUGGUAUUUACCACUGGGCGUGGUAAGCAACCCAAAAAAGCCGGAGAAAGUUCGUAUUGUGUGGGACGCUGCAGCUUCAGUUAAGGGAGUUUCAUUGAACUCGGUUCUCCUCAAAGGACCGGAUCUUCUGCAGUCUCUACCGACAGUUUUAUGCCGAUUCCGACAACGGGAGGUUGCCAUCAACGCGGAUAUCAGAGAGAUGUUUCAUCAGGUGUACAUUCGACCGGAGGACCGCCAAGCCCAACGAUUCCUUUGGCGAAACAAUUCGACGGAACCGAUGGAAGUAUUCGUUAUGGAUGUUGCUAUAUUUGGCGCAACGUGUUCACCGUGUUCUGCGCAGUUUGCAAAGAAUCUCAACGCUAGCGAGCAUGCGACGGAAUUUCCAAGGGCUGCAACUGCAGUAGUCGAAAAUCAUUAUGUUGACGACUACUUAGAUAGUACGGAUACCGUCAACCAGGCAAUACAGUUGGCAACAGAGGUAAAAUGGAUACAUCAGCGAGGAGGCUUCGAACCUCGGAACUGGCUGUCUAACCGCAAGGAAGUAUUGGAGAAGCUAGGCGAGGAAUCACCAGAUGCGUCGAAGAACUUCGUGAUGGGUAAAGGCUGUACGUCAGAGCGUGUUUUGGGCAUGAUUUGGCUACCGCAGGAGGACGUCUUCUCCUUCGCUAUCGAUUUCCGGAAAGAUCUGGAUCGGCUUCUAGGCAGCGACAUCUACCCCACCAAAAGAGAACUGUUAAGCCUUGUGAUGAGUAUAUUCGAUCCUCUUGGGCUUGCGGCAAACUAUAUCAUUCAUGGCAAGAUGUUGGUGCAAGACGUGUGGCGCACGAAUACAGCAUGGGAUGAGAAGAUACCGGAUGAAAUCUUCCCGACGUGGCAACGAUGGGUCCAGUCGCUCCGUGAGCUGACACAGUUUCGCAUUGACCGCUGCUACUUUCCGGGAUACACUCCUAAGGCACUGGAAACUUUGGAACUACAUGUGUUCGUCGACGCAAGCGUAUCAGCGUAUGCUGCGGUGGCCUACUUCCGCAUAGUGGAUCGUGGGACGGUCAGGUGUAGCCUCGUGUCGUCGAAGACCAAAGUAGCGCCGAUCAAACAACUCUCCGUGCCUAGACUGGAACUGCAGGCUGCAGUUCUAGGAACGAGGUUAAUGAAGUCCAUCAUCAGUAGUCACACGCUUUCGAUCAACAGAAAGGUAUUUUGGAGUGAUUCCAAUACCGUCCUAGCUUGGCUCCGUUCAGAUCAGCGUAGAUUUCACCAAUUCGUGGCGUUCAGGAUUGGCGAGAUUCAGGAGGAAACGGACGUUUCAGAGUGGAGAAAGGUGCCGUCAGGAUGGAACGUAGCAGAUGAUGCCACGAAGUGGGGCAAUGGUCCGAAAGCUUUGAACAGCAGCAGAUGGGUGCAAGGACCAGAGUUUCUCCACAAGGACGAAUCAGAAUGGCCAGAACAAAAAAGUGACUGGAUCACCGAUGAGCAAUUGCGAGCAACCGUGACCAUCCAUCGUCAGGCUGAACCAGAACGAAUUAUAGAGUUUGAUCGUUUCUCUAAAUGGGAAAGGUUGGUACGUGCAGUAGGGUACGUUCUGCGAUUCCGCAGCAAUCUCCAGAAAAGAUUACGUAAGCAGCAGUUACCCGGCACCAUCAGUCUAAGUAGCGAGGAGUUGUUGGAAGCAGAAAGGAUGAUAAUCCGCUCUCUCCAACGAGAAGUAUUUUCCGAGGAAUAUGCCAUACUGGAUUCAAAACAACAGUCUGAGAAUGAUGAGCCCAAGACGGUAAAGAAGACCAGUAAAAUCUACAAGUUGUGCCCUUUCGUCGGAGUUGACGGCGUACUACGGAAGGACGGGCGCAUCGGUGCCGCUCCAUGGCUUACUAUUGAGGCUAAAUUUCCAGCCAUCCUUCCGAAAGCUCACUACGUAACGGAAUUAGUUGUCGACGAGAUCCACCGAAAAUUCGGACAUUCUAACAACGAGACCGUCGUCAAUGAGAUCAGACAAAGGUAUCAUGUGUCCGAACUCAGAGCUGUCGUAAGAAGAGUAGCCCAGCGCUGUCAACGAUGUAAGAUGCGGAAAGCAACCCCUCUACCACCCCGAAUGAGUUCUUUACCAGAGGUGCGUCUAACUCCUUACGUCAAGCCGUUUACCUACACCGGUCUUGACUAUUUUGGUCCACUUUCGGUGAGGAUAGGACGAAGUCAUGCAAAGCGAUGGGUGGCAUUGUUCACAUGCCUUACAACAAGAGCCGUUCAUUUAGAGUUAGCGUACACUCUAUCCACGGAAUCAUGCAAGAUGGCUGUACGGCGAUUCGUGGCUCGCCGUGGAGCUCCAAUGGAGAUAUACUCUGAUCAAGGUACAAACUUCCAGGGAGCCCGAAAAGAGCUGAAUGAACAAGUUCGACGGAUAAAUUGCGAGUUGUCUUCAACGUUCACCAAUGCAAUAACUAAGUGGAAGUUGAACCCCCCGUACGCCCCUCAUAUGGGGGGCAUAUGGGAAAGAUUGGUCCGAUCGGUGAAGUGUGGACUAGCAGCCAUGGAGAUUUCAAGGAAUGCGGAUGAGGAAACGCUUCUUACAGCGCUUGCUGAAGUGGAGUCUAUGGUGAAUACGCGUCCCCUGACCUAUUUACCGUUAGAUGCAGCAGAGGAUGAGGCGCUCACACCGAACCACUUCCUUCUUCUCAGUUCCAACGGUGUUUGUCAGCCGGCGGCCGCCCCUCAGGACGAAAGGUCAGCGCUACGGUCUAACUGGAACCACGUUCGGGUCAUGUUGGACAGGUUCUGGAAGAGGUGGAUUAGAGAAUACAUCCCGGUAAUAGCGAAGCAGUCCAAGUGGUUCGGCGAAGUGAAGCCACUAAAGGUCGGCGACCUGGUGGUUUCCGUGAAUGAGAACGUGAGGAACAGCUGGGACCGAGGAGUAGUUAUCAACGUAUAUCCAGGGAAAGAUGGAAGGAUCAGACGGACAGACGUGAGAACGGCAGCCGGUGUAUUUCUACGGCCUGUGACUCAGCUAGCGGUCUUGGAUGUGCUGGAUAAAGGUGGUAUAGCUGAAGAAACUACCAGCAAUACGGGGUGGGAGCUGGACGCGGAAGGGAUCUAUGAGGAGGACUGCACCACGGCCUACGAGGAAUUCGAGAAGCUGUACUAUCGUUUACGGGCGGCUUUGCUGGCAAAACUACCAACGGAGGAGAUUGCUGUUGAGCUGAACAACACGUUAGCUCGGAAUGGUCAACAUGUAGGGGCGCACACUGAUGUUCGUCUGCCGCAGAUUUCUCUACCGGAGUUCGACGGCGACUACAAGGGAUGGCUGUCGUUCAAGUCAACGUACGUGUCGCUGAUUCACGAUUCUGGGGAGCUAAGCGACGUGCAGAAGUUCCAUUACCUGAAGUCAGCGCUUAAAGGGGAAGCAGCCAAACUUAUCGAAUCGCUCACGCUUACCAACGAUAACUAUUCGAUUGCUUGGAGCACGAUUACGAAGCGGUAUUCCAACGAGUACCUGUUGAAGAAGAGGCAUUUGCAGGCACUGAUGGAAGUCUGA